CACACACACACACACACACACACACACACACACACACACACACACACACACACACACAGAGAGAGAGAGAGAGAAGGCCCUCCCACACAGUGCAUGGUGUAUCACAUGAGGAGGAGGAGAAGGUCAGUGGUGAGAAGGGUAAGAUGAAGAUGAGGUUUGAGGAGGUCCUGGAUGAUGUGGGGGGGUUCUCCAGGUUUCAGCUUCUGCUUCUGACUCUGCUGUGUGUCCCUCGGGGCAUCCUGCCAUUGCACUUCCUGUUGCACAACUUUGUGUCGGCCACACCCGCUCACCACUGCACCCUGCAGGCCGGCCCAUCAAACACCACCCGGGACUCCUGUGCCGUCCACCAGGACCAGACCGGGACCAACAGGACCGGGACUUGUCCUCAUGGCUGGACUUACGACCAAUCAGAGUUCACCUCCACCACCGCCACUGAGUGGGACCUGGUGUGUGAGCAGAAAACAUUCAACCAGGCCUUGGCCACCUACUUCUUCCUUGGGGUGACCUUGGGCGCCAUCUUGUUUGGAUACCUCUCUGACAAGUUCGGACGUAAGCGGAUGUUGGUGAUGGCGUUGGCGGGCGCCACCACAAUGGGCGUAACCUCGGCUUUCUCUAACUCUUACAUCAUGUUCGCCUUGUCGCGGGCGCUCUGCGGCGCCGGACUUAGCGGCAUGUCCAUCAUCAGCACGGUCCUGGGCUUGGAGUGGACGGACGUGGAGCACCGCACCCUGAUGAGCACCGGGAUCAGCCUGGCGUGGUGCGUGGGCAACAUGCUGCUCGCCCUCCUCGCCUACGCCAUCCGAGACUGGCGCCACCUUAUGCUGGCGGUCACGGCGCCCUGCGUGCUCUCUCUCUUCAGCUGCUGGUGGCUGCCCGAGUCUGCCCGCUGGCUGCUGACCAAGGGCAGGAGUGGUGAGGCCCGCCAGCUCCUGCUGCGCUGCGCCAAGGUGAACAGGAAGGACCCCGGCAAGCUGGAAGCGGACGUAACCCCUUUGUUGCAGCUGGUGACCCUGGUGACGCUGCCCCAGGUAACACACUCCUACCUGCACCUGUUCACCACACCUGAGUUGAGGAAGAUCACGCUGGUCUCGGGAGUCUUCUGGUUUUCCGUGGCCUUCCUGUACUACGGCAUCAGCUUGAGGAUCUCAGGCUUUGGAGUCAGCAUCUACCUGACUCACCUCAUCUACGCCGCCAUCGAACUUCCCGCCAAGAUCCUCACCUACUUCUUGCUGGACCGCAUUGGACGCCGCAAUGGUCAGGCCAGCUUCCUGAUCACCACUGGACUCCUGAUCGCCCUCAACACCACCAUCCCACUAGAGUUGUGGCAGGUGCGCACCUGUAUCGCCGUGUUGGCCAAAGGCUCCUGUGAGGCGGCCUUCACUACUGCCUUCCUGUACUCGGCUGAACUCUACCCCACUGUCCUUAGGCAGUGCGGGCUGGGCUACACUUCCUGUCUGGCUCGCGUGGGCAGCUCCUUGGCGCCCAUGAUGGUUCUGCUGGAGGACGCCUGGCUCUUCCUGCCGCCCCUCAUCCUGGCCCUCAUGGGCACAGUGAGUGGAGGCUUGGUCUUCCUCCUACCAGAGACCUUCAACGUGCGGCUGCCUGAGGACGUGGUGGACGUGGAGGAGGGAAGGUGA